UCACGUUCUGACCCGAUUUACUCUACAGCGAGUUUCACAAUGGCAUUUGCGCUGAUCAGAAGGGGCUACAGAGUUAGCAAAAUGGUUUCUCCGCUGGUAACUCCGGAAUGGCUGUCAAGUCAAAUCAACGCCGGUAACAAAGAUUUGAGAAUUUUUGAUACAACCAUUGGACCUUCCGGGCCUUCUGUGGAUGAGUUUAAGAGUGAACAUAUAGAAGGAGCACAGUUUCUCAACAUAAAAAAGCAUGCCCCCUUCACUCAACACCUCCCUUUGGGGCUACAAGAUCCCGGAGUUUUUCAAGAUUACUUGAGAUCUCUCGGCAUUAACUCAUCAAGUCAUGUGAUCGUGUACGAAAAUGUUCAACUGAACGGAUUUGCAGCAUCUCGAGGAUGGUGGCUGUUAAGGUAUCACGGCAUAACCAAUGUGUCGCUUUUAAACGGGGGACUGGUCAGAUGGAAGAAGGAAGGUCACCCGGUCACAGAUAAACAAGUUGAGUAUGAGAAAGGUGACGUGACGGUCAAGGUCAACAAAAGCCUGGUAAUGCUGUACGAUGACAUCAAACCCGGAGAUGGCCGACAGUUCGUUGACACGAGACAACCCUACCAUUUUAAUGGCGAAGAGAAAGAACCUUCAAAAUUUCAGACGGCGCGAAUGGAAGUUUUAGGACUGAAAUCAGAUGGCCUGACGUUUCAGACCGGUCAUAUUCCCGGAGCCGUCAACAUGUACUACCCCUCCAUGUACGCUGACGACACCAUUUCCUUUAAGGAGAAAGACGAACUUCUCCGAGUGUUUCAGUCAGCUGGGGUCAAGUUGGACCAACCCAUAACGUCCACGUGUUACAUCGGCUUCACAGCCUGUGCCCUCGCCCUUGCCGCAUGUGUCUGUGGAAAGGACGAUGCCAGCGUGUACAUUGGUUCCUGGGCUGAAUACGGACAAAGAGCUUCUGCCGCCGAAGUGGAGUGCUAGCUUUGAAAACAUACUCACUAGACAGAAGGCCUGUUUUGUAGUCUUAGUAGUUGCUGCUGCGUGCAUUGUGACCGGCUGGAGGUGCGUCAAGUGAGUGAGUUUGGUUUUACGCCGUUUUUAGCAAUAUUCCAGCAAUAUCACGGCGGGGGACACCAGAAAUGGGCUUCAGUCAUUGUAUCCAUGUUGGGAAUCGAACCCGGGUCUUUGGCAUGACGAGCGAACACUUUAACCACUGGGCUACCCCACUGCCCCGUGUCAAGUGAAGGAACUGAGAUGAUGAGAUUCGUGUUUGAAACUCGAUUCUUUGCACUUGUUAAACAGAGUAAAUGUAUUUGUAAUUUACACCACUGUUGUGUCCUAAGACCUAAGAUCUACAGUGACAACCAUUCUAUAUAUGUGGUAAACGGGGAAAUAUAUGCUUCUAUAUAGUCCUCUGUUCUGCUACUAAAACCUUUGUAGAGACCCAUUUUAUUUUUGUUAAACGGGGUAAAUGUAAUGUUUUUAGUUACACCAUUGUUUUGUUACUACAACUAAGACCUGU